AUCCACAUGCUGCCGAGUAACGUGGAAAAAUGUACUAGCAGUGGCACGGUAGCAGGGGGGUUGACACCCACAUUGUCAUUUUACUUUUACGAAAAAGACGAAUGUUUUGGAUUCUGUUCUCUAUCCUCGUUUUGACCGUUUUGAGUUGUCUCGGGUCGUUUAACUUGUGAUGAUGGAACGUGUUCAUGUAUUUACGUGAUGAGAUACAAAGUAAGUAGCCUAGCCAGCUAGUAUUAUUAUUAUAGCAGUCGGUCCAUUAGAGAUAGCUCUGUUGUGCUAGCUGUGCUAGCUGUGCGGCAAGCUCGCAAACUAUUACGAUGUCAGCAAGCACCAGGUAUUAUUGGGGAAAUUAAUUUAAAAAACACUACUAGUAGUAGUUCAUUUUAAUGUCAGUGCAUGUCGAAUCAUCAAGGACAGAAGACCAACUAACGUCUGGCGUAGCCACAAUCUAGCCACCUGAUAGUAGCAGUACAGUCGGACCGGAGCAGCGCACACACGGUCUCAUCUCAAUUCGCUUUUGCUUCUCAGCCAUCAUUUUUACUCCAUCGACUUCUAGUUGCUACAUACAGUGACGUAUCAACUAGUUACAGAACUGGUAAACAUAUACAGAUGCCUCCAACGAAUAAAAACGGGAUUCCGGACAGGUGGUUGGACUACAAGGCCGUAGGCAAGAAGAUUCCCGGGACUCGGUUCAUUGCUUUCAAGGUUCCCUUGAAACAGUCGCUGAAUCGCCAUGUUCAGAGUUCUGACGUGUUUGGUCCCAAGGAGCUGCUGACUGCUCUUAGUAAAGAGAAACAGGAGUUGGGCUUGAUUAUAGACCUCACCUAUACCACACGCUACUACAAACCAGUGGAUUUACCAGACUCACUGUUCUACCUGAAGAUCUUCACGGCUGGUCAUGAAGUUCCCUGCGACCCCACAAUCCUCAGCUUCAAACGGGCUGUACGCAAGUUCCUACAAGACAACGCAGACAAUGAGAAGCUGAUUGGAGUCCACUGUACCCAUGGUUUGAACCGCACGGGCUACCUCGUCUGCAGGUACCUGAUAGAUGUGGAUGGUCUGGAUCCAAAACAGGCUAUAAAGUUGUUUAACUCUGCGAGGGGCCACGCCAUAGAGAGGGAGAACUACCUGAAGGAUCUCCAGUCUGGACCAAAGCGAAGUAAUCAGGGCAUGGACGAAUCAGAGCAGGAGCCAAUCAGAGGCCAGGCAGGCUCGACCCCGCCCUGGGAGAGAGAACAGCACGGCAACUAUAAUUGUCACCGCUCAGUGCCUUUCCACCAACGGGGGAUGAACCACCAGCAGCCUCGGACCCUACACAGCAGCCUCCGCCCCCCUCCCCUGCUCCCCCCCCCACAGCACCAUCGCCCCCGCCACCCUCCUCCUCUCAUCCCGCCCUCCAUCCCUGGCAUGUGGUCCCCCAUACCCAGGUACCAGUGGAGGCCCCAAGCACAAUCCGAGUCGGCGUGGUGGAGACAAUCCCCGCAACCAGACCACCAGUACGGGGGGUCCCGGCACGAGAACGGCAGGGGGAGGGGCUUCCACCCCCAGGAGGAGAGGAGGAGGGGGCCGUUCCCCCCGCCGUCCGCUCCUCCCUACCCGCUGCUCCCACGCUAUUCUUCCGAGGGCUUCCGAGGCAGCGGGUCUAGCAGUCACAACCCUCGCUCGGAGGAGAGGGACGAGCCCAGGAGGAAAAGUCAACAUCGCCACCGACACCACGAUAGAACUUGAGAUGGGUGGGUGGUGGGGGGGGGAGGGGAGAGGAAUGGAGGAUAGUCGCAAAAGGAAAGCGUGAGAGACAAGUCGCAGGCGGGGAUAGAGUACUGUUCCUUUGUCGGCUGUUUUUGUAUUAAAUGCUUUUUUUUUAUGUGAAUUUGGCUGAGUCUACAUUUUUCUCUUAAGGGCUUGUUGGACUUGCGUUUGUUUUAUGACCAGAAAUUUGGCUUCGAAACUAUUAAGUAGGCUAUACCAGGCACAAAGCCUUUUUUCUUGUUUUUUUAACAUAAGGUUUACAUAAAGUGCCUGUGUUUUAAUGUGUGCUCCACUGUCAUUGCCAAUUUAUAUUUCCUAUGCUUACUAACACCUGCCAUGUGAUUAUCAUGUUUUAAUUAAAGCCAAUAAAGACAUUGGUUGCUGGUUCAA